AUGGCAGUCCAGGAUGUGAUAUCGGAUAAUUCACCUGGUUCAUCCAGAUCCCCAAAGUCUAGAGUUGGUGACUUCAGUUUGGAGGGCAUCCCAUUGCAGUGGGACAAUGAUCCCACAGUCCGGGAGCGGAUGAGGGAGAAUCAAAACCUGUGCUUAGCAUACAAUGAGUCAACAGGUCAAACCACAUCAACCUUUGUUGAUGCGACCAUCAGCAACUUGAAGUUGAAUGCAAGUGUGCUCAAGCCUUUGGUGGUUCUGAUGAAGGAGAACGACCGCCAACUUCCAUCGAUUCAUGCUCUGAUCACGGCUGUGGAGAAUUACUUUGUGCUUGCCAAAUUGAGUCGCACCAGUGAUCAGUGCUACCAGGACGAUGUCAUCAGCGACCUGGUGGAAGCUAUGGGGUUCAACACGGACGCAGCAUGGCGACCCACAUCAGCCCGAGAUCAGGAAGAACCGGAUUCUUUGAUGGAGGACAGCCAAGAGGUCGAUGAGCUUCCUAUUCAAGAAGAGGUGCAGCAGUACCAAGAGCUUAAUUUGGAUACCCAACCAAAAGACGUGGAAGCCCAUUUGAACCAAGUCAUGGAUUCCUUGGUGGAACAACUGCCUCCAAUUCCUUUCCCCCAGCCUGAACAGCCUCAGCUCCUCGCAGAGCGACCGCCUGCAGCCAAGCUGGACAAGGGGAAAGGUCACUUGGUGCCCAUGAGGUUGACUGAAGAAGCAAAGGCAAGCCGCGAAGCUGCUGAGGAGACGGAACGUUUGGGACUACAUCUUGGAACAGAGCAACCCAUUCAAGUGGUGUCAGAUUCCUUACUUCCACAAGAGCCAUGUGGGGACCAAGUUGAUACCUUGAUGCUGUGUUCCCCUUCGCAGCUCUUGACCACGGAUGCUGCUCUCAACACUUUACGGGAUUUGGAUCAACAUGACCGUGCCACUGAAGAAGUGAAAAAGCAGGGUCUGGAAUCCAUCCACAUCCCUGACCACGAAGUGAUCACACGCAGAUCGCAGUUCAGAAUGAAAAAGGACUUAGCAGAUAAGAAGAAAGAGAAGAAACUGAAGAAAGAAGCUGAAAAGGCUGAAAAGAUGAAAGCAAAGGAAGAGAAAAAGGCUGCCAAGGCAGAAGCUUCGAAGAAGAAGAAAGAAAGCAAGAAAGCUUCGAAGACUACCGGAGAAGAAAGCAAGAUCAAGAGCAAGAAGACAGGAAGAAGUGCGGCUGAGAAAGAGAAAGGUUGGAAGAAGUCUACGUGUGAUGGAAAAAAAAAGGUGAAAUCGACAAAGAAGACCAUGCCUCCAGAAGAGAAAGAUGCCGCCAAGAAGAGCGAACCUGAGAUGGUUGAUCCUACCUUGCAUGAGCCAGUGUCAAUGGAAGAUGAUGUCAACAUUCACCCUGAUGAGUUGCCACAUACCCCCUUCAAGGAGUCAACGGUUCCUUUGGAUGGCAAGGAGACUUUCCCAGUGAAGAGUCCCAAGAUGAAGCGCAUCAAGAAGUUGGCUGGAAAGAAGGAUGCCAAUAAGAAGCAGAACAGAGCCAAGAAGGCAAAGGCGGUGAAGGAACAGGUGGAGGAAGACAAGACAUCAAAGAAAGGUAAAAAGGAGUCAGACUUGUUGGAGAAGAAGACUGCGAAGAGACAGAAAAAGACUGGAGAACACAUGCCUGAAAAGAAAAAAUCCAAGGGCAAGACCAUCACAGAGAAGACUGACAACGCAGAAGGCAAGGAAAACAAGCCUGCAAGCAAGCGGCAGCCUCGAAAGGCAAGAGAGGAUGAGACCAAGGAAAAACGAGUCAGGAGAGGUGUUCAGCCACAGGAGGACAUCCAAGUGAAACCAGUGGUGAGGGAUUUGGUCCUCGGCGUUUUGCGAGAGUGCAAGAGCUCACAUUGCACCCACCCGUCCUUUGAGCAACCCAACCCGGGAAAUGGGAUCUAUGUCAUGCCCUACUGGUCCAGGAACCAUGCUGGGGUGUUAAUACCGAGACACUUUGUCAAGAACCCACGCAAGAGCAGCAGCAGUGCAAAUCCAAAGUCCAAGUCCAGAAAGGAUCGAGGUUCCCAGGUUGCUUACUUCGGCAAUGACACGCCAUGCGCCUACACCAACAUUCUUCUUGCUGGCGCCUAUGCUGAUGAAUUGGAGAAGGAACUCAAGAAGGAGGAUCCUGACCCUUCCUCGGAUGACCUGAAGGUCUUGCGGAAGCAGCUGCAUGCCUCGCACGCUGCAGCCUUGGAUGCAUGGCAAGCUGCUGAAAGUCAAAAGCUGGAAGAUGCCUCGGAAAGCCAGGCACGUCAGGCGUUUAUUUGGAUGGUCUUGCUGGUGGCAUUUUCCAAGAAUUUUCCCUCCUUCACGGAGGACGUUGCAUUCCUGGAGUUUUUCGCUGGGGAAGGCAAUGUAUGGCGGAUGAUGCGGGCAGACUCGAUCAGCUCCAUAGGUAAAUUCAACUACAAGGAGUUUCAGCGUGGUCAACCCCAGAAAGUGCAAACGGUGAAGAAAACCAUUUCCAAGACAAGUGGAAAGACCUCAUGGAGUGGCACUUCAAAAUUGAAAGACACCCAGAUCUACCCUCCAGCUUUCGCUGACAAGAUCAAAUCCCUUUUCCCUUCCCUGGUGACUGGCGCUGAGGGUAUCCCUGAGAUUGACAGUGCUGCAGACCCUUACCAUGUUUUCGAGAUGCUCCCCUGGGAAACCUGGGAUGAAGCCAAGCUUCUCUCCAGUCUCAAAUACCUGAGGGGAAACAAGGGGUUGCGAAUUCCAGAGCCCUGGCUCAACAUUUUCCCAAAACCUUUUGAAAUUCUUCAUCGCUUGGAAGAACGGAGGGCAGCCAACAGCUACCCAGAAGCCAGUGUCAGUGAAGAAGGAGCCGAAAUCACCACGCCUGGCACCGGCUGUGACUCCUGUGAUAUUGGAGGUAGCCCCAGGGAUGUCGCCAACAAUGCUUCUGGUACUCCUGUGGCUGCGCCACAGCUUACGCCUGCCCAUGUUCACAAAGCUGCAACCCCACCAAAUCCACUGGCUAUGCGACCACAGGUCCAGAUCGAGAAUGCUGAAGUCACAGCUGAAAAGCAGAAGAACUUCGAGUUGAUGCAAAAGAUAGCUCACCUUGAGAAUUUGGUUGCCAUGCAAACCUCACCUGUUCCCUCAGUACACUCAGUGCCCUCAGCCCCAACAACUCCAGCUGAAACCUCACGGAUGGAAGCUUUGUUGGAAAGAACGCUGAAUAGGAUUGAGAACCUUGAAGGAAAGAUGUCAGAGCAAGCCAGAACAGUGACUCCAGCUGACCAGCCCAAGGAAGUGUCUCCUCAAACUGCCAAACCGUCAGAGAAACCCAAGGGCAUUCCUGAGCCUUCUCCUGAAGAUGAGGUGUCUGAAAGCGAAGGAUCUGAUGAUGAUGACGAUGAAUGGGUCACAACACCUUCCGGUCAACGAGCAGACUUUGUGACGAAGUGUCGCCUUGUCCGUGAGAGAUUGGAAAGCCGGCAGACGGAGGUCAAGGGCAAGUGGAUGACCCAGGAAGCCAUGCGCAAGCAGUUUUCAGUUAAGUCCAUCAAAUCGAUGGUGGCCUACUGCACCAGAUUCCCGGAAAGCCUUGUACGGGCCUGGAAAUACGAUGACAAAGUUUCUGAGUAUUUCGUGAUCACGGAUGAUCAUGCGCUGCACAAGAAGGAAGACACCACGGCGGAGCGACACGAGACAGAGCUCGAUGAUCAAGUCGCAAAGGCACCUCCACCUGGUUUGCCUGAGAACUUGGUCAAUUUCCCGGAUCCUGUGCCAAAGCCGGAGGUUGUCGGAUCCCAGUCCUUUCGAGACCGUCGAGACCAGUGCAGCAUCGCCAUCAUUGGUCCAACAUCCUGGAGGCAAAGGUCUUGUCUCUUCAAAGGAGCUUCUGGUUGCAGGAACAUCCGUGAUGGAGGGGAGACGAUCCAGUCUCACUUGGACGGCCCCUAUCUUGUCUACUUGGUGUGGAGGUGCUCCGCCCUGAUUCCUUUGGAAGCACGCUACAGGCAACUCUGCAAAGAUCUUGGCAUUGGUGGCAGUUCCAAGGACAAGAAGGGCAAGAAUAAGAAUAAGAAUAAGUCUCCUGCCGCUCCCAGCUCAAAGGGCAAGGGAGGCAAGGGGAAGAAAAACAAGGGCACCCCUUCCAAGAAGAAUAGUGUGCCACGUAAAAAGAAGACCCAGGUAGCCAGUGCCCCAGAAGAGGACACGACGGCCUCGUCUGCAAAGGCCAAGGCUAAGAGAUCCAAGCGCCAGAAAGUGGCCUGA